CUCUUCUUCUCCUCCCUGGUUUUGUCGGUUUCCUCUCUCUGCUUCUUCUUCAUUUCCUCUCUUCCUCCUCUUCUUCUCCCUGGUUUUGCCUGUUUCUUCCCCUUCUCUUCCUCUUUGUUUUGUCUGUUCCGUGUGGAGUGCGUGCGUACCAACACCAUGGAUAGCUUCCAGACUGUCCUGAGGUUCUUCAUGAACCAGAAGGCCACCAUCGGCUACAGCUUCAUGGCUCUGCUGACCAUCGGCGGCGAGCGCGUCUUCUCCAUGGUCUCCUUCCAGUGUCCGUGUAACCGUGAGCAGAACUUCGCGUACGGGCUGACCUUCCUGCUGGGUCCGGCCGCGGUUCUGCUGGUCCUGGGUCUCUUCUUUAGUACCCGUCUCUGGAGGCUCUACACGGGCUGCUGUCUGAACCCCAUGAAGCUGUGUCCCAGGGGGAACUGCUUUGGCUGCCUCAGGGCCUUCAUGAGCAUCUUCUCGGGGGCGUGCGUGGCCCCCAUCAUGUGGCUGUGCGUGGCCCUGCUGAACGGGACCUUCUACGAGUGUGCGGUGAGCGGGCUGGACGAUAACGUAGUGGUCGACCAUUUCUGUAAAAAUAAAACCCUGGCCUGUCGGGAGGAGCUGGCCGGGGUUCCCUGUGAGCGCCCCAAACUGCCUAAAGAUGAGCGGAUGGAGCUGCUGCUGAUGCUGAGGGCCCAAUCACAGAUCUUGGGCUGGUCUGUCAUCAUCAUCGCCGCCGUGGUCGGCCUCCUGGGAGCCUGCUACACCAACUGUCGCUCCAAGGUCAGCUUCCUGCAACUGACCUUCUGGAAACGCUACGUGGAGAAGGAGAAGGAGCACUUCGACGCCUUCGCCUUGGAAUACGCCACCAAGCUGGCUGAGAGGAACCUGCAGAGCUUCUUCGAGAACAAAGACCCUGCUCCGUUCCCCUUUCCCAACCACAAAGCCUGGGAGGAGAUCUCGGCCCACUACACCUUCUCCAGGAGUGAGCAGUACUACAGCACGCUGCAGCGCUAUGUGGAGAGGACGGACAGAGACUUCACCCCGGAGAAGAGGCCCGUCAUGGACUUGGAGCGUGGGAUGGAGAUGCACUGAAGGAGGAGGGGGGCGGGGCCUUAGUGAGACAUGAACACAGCCGCUGUGUGAGAAAACAGUGUCCUCAGUGUUUGACCAGACAUCCGAGUCUGACUCAGGAAAUGUUGUCCUCAGAGAUAAUGCUGCUGUCUAACCAAAGAAUGUAUCCACAGCCAAUAACAAUGAUACCACUUCCUGUUAGCACAUGAACCAAAGAAGGGCUUAACCACUGAUGUUUAUGCUAGUUAUCAUCCAUGGUGCAUGCAUAUGAGGCCUUCCUAAUAACGCUGCCUUUAACACCUUCAGUUUAGACCAGAGGUAUCAAGCUCAAUCACAGCAGGGCCAGAUUCUGAAUUUGAGUCUAACCUGAGGACCGAACAGGGUCAAUAUUUAACCAUUGAGUGUCAGCCUGAAGCAUUUUGAGGUUAAAAAGGUCAACAUGAUAGUUAAAAACUCAGAAUCUGAGAUAAAAAGUCAGACUUAUAAGUUGUAAAGGUAGCAUCAUGACAUUUAAAGUCAUAAUAAUGUUUUUAAAGACAAAAUUUGAGAUAGAAUACUGUAACCAUGAUUUUUAAUAGUCAAAACAUGAGAAAAAAAGUCAAAAAGAUGAGUUUUAAAGGUCAA